ACUCGCCCGUCUGCUCUGACCGUUCUCACCUCGGAUAAAAAAAGCGACGCCAUUAUUGAGUGGGCCGGAAUCGUGUGGAGGAGGUGCCUCGCCGGCUCGCGGCGGUCUCCGUCCGUCCGUCGUCGCUCUCCGUCCCCAUGGCCACGGCCAUGCCUAUGCCCCCCCACGCGCGCGCUUUCACUCUCACUCUCGCCUCCCCGCUGCGUCUCACUCCCGCUCCUCGCGUCGGUCGCCAAAGCCAAGAAAGCUACCGCUCCUCGGCCUCCGCUCAUCCUUCUCCCCGGCGUCCCUUUUGACGCCGACGCGACUGCCGCCAUGUCGGAGCACCCCCCUCCCCGGCCCUCCGUCUACCAGCAGCAGCAGCAUGCCGCGCCGCAGGGCGACACCGACCCGCUGGCCUCCGCCUGGAUCCGCCGCCUGCACCUGGCACCGAGCCCGCCGCCGCCGCGCGCCGGCCCCGCUCCCCCUCCGCCGCAGGCCCACGACGACGUCUCCGCCCGCAGCGCCGGGUUCGGCCCUUUCCGUUGGAGCCCGCGCCCGCCGGGCGGCGCCCCCUCCCCCGCCCCGUGCGGCGCUGGGGGCGCCCCGCCGACGAUGUCGCCGUUCUUCCGCUCCCCGCCUCAGCCGCCCCCGGCGCUCGCGGAGUUCCCGCCCGUCGGACCCACGAUCGGGAACCCGGCGCCGCCGUCGCCUACGGUUCUUGGUGUCAACGCUCAGGCGCCCUGGCUACCGACGGCAGCCGCAGGUUCAGCUUAUCCUAACCAUGAUGUGGACAUGAUUCCCAUAAGAACUCCUCAUGAUCCAUAUGUUAGACAACACAGCAUGAUCCCACAAAAUUUUGCAAGGCGCUCCCCUAGUUCCAGCAGCGAACACGAGGAGCCUUUCUCCUAUUGGAACAUGGGGAGGUUCCAGAGGAGCACCACAACUUCGUCGAUCUCGCAGGUUGCUGUUGAGCCUGGCAAUUUUGUGAAGAAGAGGAAUGCAGACUCCAACAGCUUGCUCCCUCUCAAGUUCAGAAAGAUGAGUGAGGCUGGAUAAAACCGCACCUUGGCGCCACGGGUUCUCGGUGCUCAUGGAGAAGCACUUGCUACGCACACAUAAUGGCUCAAGCAGAUGCCACCAUUUGGUGGCAAUCAUGUAAAGUAAAGUAAGUUUGCUCCAAAAACGUCGCAUCCUUUGAGACACCGAUACGUUUGGUGUCGGAUCUCAGCGGUGCUUACCGCUGGCAUGCAUGCAUGUUUCAAAUUUGAUGAUGCAGACAUCCUUCUCGUGUGUGAUGCGCUUUUGCGCUGCUCAUAUACCUCAAAAUAAUGUCUCGCAUACUGAUGAAAGAAAUGAAUAAAUUUGCCAUGAGAAGGCUUUAUGUGUUCU